CAUGGAGUAGCUGCUCUACCUCUGCAGUGUUCGCUCUGUGUUUGUGUGGUUUGGUGGGAUGUUUUUGUUUGUGGUGUCUUCUUUCCUCGUGCACAACGAGACAGCAUGACCAGAGAUUAAUUAUUCAAGGACUGGCCGCCAAAGGGUGUCACCUGAUAGCACGGACUUACAAUAUUACAACCUGAUAUCAGGUGAAGCGAUAGACCAUGCUUCAUCUUUUUUUCUGCUUGUUCUCCUCCACAUCCCUUUGUCCUAUUUUGUGACGCUACAGUAACUGGAGAUUUGAAAGAGAACUUAAACCAACACUACUACAAGUGGAACAUUUUUUUGUUCUGGUUUUCUUUUGUUUUGUUUUUGUUUUGUUUUUCCUCCGUUAACACUUUCUCAGCUGUCUCCAUUUUUGCCAAUGCUCGUCCCUAACAAACAGUUGAGUCUUGGUCGCUCCCACAGUUGGGACACAAUAGGGGGGAAUGAGGGUCAGUGGGACAGGGCGGAGAGUGUCUAUGAGCAGCAAGCAAGAGUAGCGGGCCGGAGGAGCUCUCUGUCCUACGGAGAGGGAGGAGGGUGGUACGAGCCACCACCAGGGGUGCGUCCCCCUGACCUGGAUUUGAAACGUGAUCUGUAUUCCUACCAAGACUCUCCCUACGGACAGGUUUACGCAGAGCGACACAAUCCACGGGCGCACAGGAAGGGCUCUGUGCCGGAUCUAAACCACUACGAAAGAGCACCCAUGGCUCACAGAGGAUCCAUUCCACAUCAGGAUUACUUUUCCCAAGAUCCAGCCAUGACUCCUCGACCAGUUGAGGGCUUUUACCGGCCAGAGCACCAGCCUCCAUCGCCUCACCCACAUCCACUCAGUAGGUCAGGCUCUCAUUUUGGAAUGACACCUGGGUCUCGGGCUGCAUGGGAUCAAGGUCAGGUAGGGAGAGUAGGACCGCAAGCCCCGUCAUCCCCUCAACCGCCUCCUCCUCCGACAGCUCAUGAGUUGAAUCGGGCGUAUAGAGAACCUGGUGCCGUAACUGCUGCCAAGAUAAUGCCAGAUGGCCAACAGCGCCUACCCUCCCGAGACCCAUCUCCGGCUCACUACGGUAUGGAGAAUGUAUCUCCUCGGUAUGCCAGUGAGCCUCCAACUCUGGCUGGUCAGUCAGUUUAUACUGAUGUUAACGGGCGCCCAUUGGAUCCCCAGCAGCAGGCAGCUACCUGUCUAGUAGUAGAUCCUGCCAGUCAAGGUAUGAUUAUGAGGCAAGAGACAGCCUCACCCUACACCAUUCAACAACAGCAGCAAUUGCAACAGCAACAACAAAUACAGCAGCAGCAAUUACAACAGCAGCAAUUUCAGCAGCAACAGUUACAACAGCAACAAAUACAGCAACAGCAACUUCAGCAACAACAGAUACAGCAGCAGCAGCUUCAGCAACAGCAGUUACAGCAGGAACAGUUGCACCAGCAUCUGCAACAACAACAGUCCUUGCCACAUCCACCUGCCAUGCCUGUCACUGACCCUAGCCUUUCUAUGGCGGCUCCACUUCCCGCUCCCCCUGCCCCAGUGCAGACUGCAGCAGUAGCGUCAGCCACACCUGUUCCUGUGGAGACUGCCCCAGCUUUGGCUCAUCAUCUCCCUGCUACUCCAUUACCUGCUCCUCUUCCUGCUCCUCCCCCCAUUGCCCCACAGACGCCUUUGCCUGUGGACCCCAGGAAAACAGUUGAUCAUGAGUUCCUUGCCCUGCUGCGUAAUGAGGGCCUCUCCGAGAGCACUAUCUCCUCUCUUAUCCAGCAGGGAUUUGACUCUACUAGCAUGCUGGCUGUUAUGGAAGAGAAUGAUGUCCGCACUGUCGCCCCCAACCUGGGCCAGGCUCGUGUACUGUCUCGCGUGGUCCAGAACUGCAAGCGACCUACUGAAGCUCCACCAGCCCACUCACAACCUCAGACACCCAUGCGAGGCCGCUCUAAUAGCUUUAGCCAUCGCUCAGACAUCUACCACCACCAGCAGCAGCACCACCAUCCACCGCACCCUCCACAGGCUUUAAACGUGGACCCCCAAUUGAUGCCCCCACCGACCCCUGGGGCCAUGCAGAACAUCUCCCCAAGAAUGGGAGAAGUAUUAGGUAGAAGGCCGAGCAGUGCCCCCUCUCAGCACCUCAUGGAAGCCUCUGGAGGCUUCCCAGGCCAACCACCCCGCUCACCAGGGCCAUAUACUGGAGCCAUUAUGCCUGUUCAGUCACGACCCAUGUCAGCCUACUCUUCUGGGAUGGCGAUGCCAGGGAUGCCCAUGCAGGGUAUACAGAUAAUGCCACAGCAUAUGACUGGAUCAAUGCCUGCCAUACCAGGAUCUAUUCACUCCAUGCAAGGUAUGCCACAGCAGAUGCCUGUGUCAAUGCCAGCUUUACCGCAGCCACCACAACAGGUACCAAAAGCAUACUCUACCAAUUACACUGUGCCCAUGGAGCUAAUGAAGAGGGACAGGAACUUACUGCCACUGUCACCCAUGCACAGUCCUCAUCCUAGUCCUCAACUGAUGCGCAAGUGUGGGGGACCUGCAUCAGACAAUGCCCUCAUGAUUGUGGGAGCACCAGUUCAAGGCCAAAGUGCCUUGGUUGCUAACCAGAAGUUAAGUCGACGCACAGGUCCACCAGUCAUCAUGUCCACUAUGGCGUCUCCAGAUACAAGUAUUCGGCCCCAGAUUAUGAAUGGGCCUAUGCACCCACGCCCUCUGGUGGCGCUGCUGGAUGGGCGCGACUGCACCGUGGAGAUGCCCAUUCUCAAAGAUCUGGCCACUGUGGCUUUCUGUGAUGCCCAGUCCACACAGGAGAUACAUGAAAAGGUGCUGAAUGAGGCAGUGGGAGCCAUGAUGUACCACACCAUCACCCUGACCAGAGAGGACUUGGAGAAGUUCAAAGCGCUGCGCAUCAUCAUCCGCAUCGGCAGCGGCUACGACAACAUCGACAUCAAGGCGGCCGGGGAGCUCGGUAUCGCCGUGUGUAAUAUUCCCUCCGCGGCUGUAGAAGAAACGGCAGACUCCACACUUUGUCACAUCCUCAACCUGUAUCGGCGGAACACGUGGCUCUACCAGGCUCUCCGGGAGGGCACGCGGGUCCAGAGCGUGGAGCAGAUCCGGGAGGUGGCAUCGGGGGCGGCAAGGAUCCGAGGGGAGACGCUCGGCCUCAUCGGCUUCGGUCGCUCGGGCCAGGCAGUGGCGAUGCGGGCCAAGGCGUUCGGCUUCAACGUGAUAUUCUACGACCCCUAUCUCCAGGACGGCUUGGAGCGCUCACUGGGUGUCCAGCGAGUGUACACGCUCCAGGACCUGCUUUACCAGAGCGACUGUGUCUCCCUGCACUGCAACUUGAAUGAACACAACCACCACCUCAUCAACGACUUCACCAUCAAACAGAUGCGCCAAGGUGCUUUCCUGGUCAACUCGGCUCGGGGAGGUCUAGUGGAUGAGAAAGCUUUGGCUCAGGCCCUGAAGGAAGGCAGAAUACGAGGCGCGGCCCUGGAUGUCCACGAGUCGGAGCCUUUCAGUUUCUCACAAGGUCCCCUGAAAGACGCCCCCAACUUGAUAUGCACACCCCACACCGCCUGGUACAGCGAGCAGGCGUCGCUGGAGAUGAGAGAGGCCGCCGCCACAGAAAUACGCAGAGCCAUCACUGGCCGCAUACCCGACAGCCUCCGAAAUUGCAUCAACAAAGAGUUCUUUGUCACCUCGGCGCCCUGGGGAAUGAUGGAGCAGCAGCAAGUUCACCCUGAGAUCAACGGUGCCGCCUACAGAUUCCCUCCUGGUGUAGUGGGCAUCGCCCCCGGUGGGAUCCCUGGACCUAUGGAGGGGUUGGUGCCCGGGGGUGUUCCCAUCACCCACACCCUGCCCCCUGGUACCCAUCCAUCACAGGCCACCUCCCCCAACCGACUCUCCAAAAACGGUGACCCCAUGAAACAGCACAUGUCUGAGCCGUAGGACUGCUGCCAGUAACUGAGCAGGGGGGGUGCAGAAAAACGAUGUACACUUAAACACCCGGCACCCUACCAACUUCACCAUCCGACUGUCCGCCCGCUCGACUCCGGCCAUCUAAACCCACCAGCGGAUGGCCUGUCGGGCAACGUUUCACACUUUUUCUCUUUGUAUGAAACCACUAAGCCCGAGUGAGGACAGUUGGACGUUAAGACAUACCUGAGCUGCCGCACUGAGACAGGACCGAGCGUCAAACCUUUUCCUCCCUCCAGUAUCUGUUCUUCUUUGAUUUAAAUGACACUUUUUGUCUUUGUCUUCAUUUUUGAGUUGAAUUUUAGGGAGAUUCCUCCUCACUUCUGGGACACGUUGACACGGCCACACGCAGGAAGGAAAUCUGACCCAAGGGAAGGGCAGACGGACUCUUGGUCGAGCCUCCUUAUGUCCUCCCUCCUCCACAGUUCCACCUCUCUCAGCGUAAACAUGUCUUGUGUUAUUGUUUUUUUUUUUUACUUUCAUCCGUUUAUCCUAUAUUCUGUGUUUUUGUUGCAAGUGCAUAUUCUUAUUCUUUCCUUCAGUGAGUGUGAAAAUGAAUGGAUUUCCAUGUAUGUUUUCGUUAGACAAGGAAAGUCAGCUGACAACAACGACAGCAUCCGCUCUCUCCAUUAGAAAUCUGGACUACCAUCUUUACUGUUCUGUCAUUGUCAUGGCUGCUGGCCCCCUGAAUGUAAAGAGACAAGAUGUGAGGCAGUAGAUGUGGUGUCCAGUUCCAGGAAGGAUAUUUUUGGCUUAUGGAGUGAGAAUUAUCAUUUUAAACCAAAACAAAGGAAAGAAAGAAACUGCUAUGGAUUGGUAUUAUACAUCGAGUAUUUCACCUCAAUUAAAUAGUGCUGUUGUAAUUUUCCAACUCUGCUGAGCUGAGGUACCUACAAUAUUGGGUCAUUGUCAUGUCAUGAACGGUGUCCUGAAUAUCAUCUGUGCAUUUUAAAGGACCGACAGUACAUCGCAGCACUGACUAGCAAGGUAGGAAAGAAAACAGCACAUUUCUUUCUGACUCAGGAAAAAAAAAAAAAAAGAUUAACCUUCAAAAGAGAAACUGAAAGAAAACCAAGUCUGGAUUAUGGCUUUUCAUGUCUCCACCUCUUUCUCCAUUGUGGUAUAGAUUUUUUUUUUAUAUAAAUCAAAUGUAUGUUUUUUGAUGUUCAAGGUUUUCAGUCCAGUUAGAUUUGUAAUGCCUUGUUAAAUGUUCUUAUAAUCAUAGUCUUAUGUGGCUGACCGCGCCCUAUCCUCCUCCUCCUCAUAGUUCCUUCUUUCUUUUUUGUUUUUCUGCUCUUAUGAAAGCCAGCUGUGGCUCUCAGCAGCAGCCACAUCCAUCGCUGUAGCUCCGUGAUCAUAGCAAAGAGACGGCUGCUCGCAGAUUGUUUGGUUUUUAGUGUGAGUAUUUGUAUUUGUUUCUUGUACAAGGUGAACAUAUAGUAUACAGUGCAGCUGGAAACAAUAAAUAAACUUGCUGUUCUGAUUGA